CGCGAGAUUUCAGCAAGCGUUCCCGAGGAUGAAUCGGCCGGUGAGGGGGAAAAAACAAAACAACAACCCUAGAGCAUGCGCAGUGAGGCCGCCUUAGCGGAGGCGAUAGGCCAGUAGGUGACAUGUGCGUUUAGCGCCUCCCAGUCCCCAUCCCUCCCUCCCUCGCUUGGCGGCGGCGCCGAGAUCAGCACCAGCCAUGGCGGCGGAAGGAGGAGCGGCAGCUCUGGCAGAAGCGGCGUCCGCCGACCAGUUCCGCGAUCUCCUGCAGCAGCCGGGAAGGUAUGUUGUUGCUGCCGCCGCCGCCGCCUUCCAAGCUCGGCUCCGAGGCUGGCAAACAGCCAGGAAAAGGAGCCGCAGCCGAAAGCGAGUGGUGCAGCAGCAGCAGCAGCAGCAGCGCCCGCUGCCAGGCCGGCGCUCCGCAUUCACACGUUCACUUGAUGCGGGUGUCCAUUCCGACGUUUUGGGCCGCUGAGCCGAAUGGGGGCUUUCUCUCCAGCCAGCGUGGCUAGGAGUUUAGCCGUCGUUAUCCCGCCUUGUUCGCUCCCCUUACCCUUCUCACGAUCGAGAGGGUUGAAGGGUGGCAAGAGUUCUUCUCCUGUGCGGGGAUAAAUAAGGCUUGAAAGUCCUACUUCUGAGUAGACGGGCUUCGGGGGUCGUGCUCAACGCCGCCGCCGCCCUGCUGAAAGUAGGCUUAAUUUGUGCGCAGUUUUACUUCCCAGAAGUGUGCGCUUUUAGGGUCCAGUCCAUAAUCGUGUGAAAUAUAAAAGCGCCUCUUGAGGACACGUGUGUAUGGGGGCGGGGGCGGGAGCAUGGUCUUGGCUCCCCCACAGGACAGAAGUUAAUGAGCAGGUCAGAUCACAUAAAUGACACUGUAUCAGACUUAAGUGCUGGUACUUUUUAAAAAAGGGAUCUGCACACUUUUCCUGAUGUAUGAGUUUGCAGGCUAUAACUUUAUAGUAUUAGAAUGUCCCCCCCCUUUUUUUUUACUAUCCUGCCCAGUGUUGAUAAAGGUGAGACAAAAGUUCUGCAGAUGCCUUCCUUUAUGUGCUGAGUGCAAUAGAGGGCUAGAUUGCUAUGUUGCUCCUCUGCCAGCUCAUCCACUUGCCAUCAUGUAUUUCUGGUUUGCCUGUGGCUAUGAGACUAGUGUUUAAACACAAGGUUGAUACGCAUGUAUGGGAGAGAUUUACACACCCAGCCAGGAGGGAAAGAUGCCCCUGGCCUGUGAUUGGGAUUUCUCAAAGAACCGUUGAUGAUGUAGGAAUAUUCUGUUGCCAAAUCAUAAAGGGGAUUUAAAAACACUAUGGAUUUCUGCUAGCAUGACCUGUGAAAAAGACCAAGAGUGUUGGAAAGGAAAGCCCCAGCCCUAGUUGUUAGCAACUUUUCUCUGCAGAACCUCUAUGACUGCCAGGACCCUUAUUUAUCCACCCCAUGGAAUGAUUAUGGGGUAUAAUGGAGUAACAUGAGGUGAAUUAACAGGUUCAUUUUGUACCUUCUAGUGUGGCUAGAAUUGCUGGGGAAUUGCUAGGUUGGAAGUCUUGGCUAUGCAAUCUCCCACUGAGGGGCAACACAUCAUGGUUGUAAAUUACAGUGGUACCUCAGGUUACAUACGCUUCAGGUUAAGAACUUUGCUUCAGGAUGAGAACAGAAAUCGUGCUCUGGUGGCGCUGUGGCCCCGGGAGGCCCCAUUAGCUAAAGUGGUGCUUCAGGUUAAGAACAGUUUCAGGUUAAGAACGGACCUCCAGAAAGAAUUAAGUACUUAACCCGAAGUACCACUGUACCUAGAAUAUGAAAAUGGGAUGUGUGGCAGUGAGCAAUAAUUGAAUUUGGAUCACUGCCUUGUGUAGAACCAGAAGGCAGCUCAUGGGGAGCAUUGGCUUGCCAUACACUGUACUGUGAUAUGAGCAAUACUUGUGGCUGUGUACUCACUGUCUUUUCUUCUCCCUUUGUAGCAGAGGUGAGCAAAUGAGUAACUUUUCAGUUCACCCUAGUUUCCCAUUUUGUCUGAACCAGGAAGCUAUGGUUAAUGGCUUUGUUCCAAACCAGGAUAUUAAGCCAUGGUUUGAAAUUGUCUCAAAAUAUUCUAAUGCAACCAGAGGCAGUUAACUAUAGUUUCCAGCUUCUGGUUAACAGAAAACUUCCUCCCUGUCUCUUCUUGCUUGUGUAAAGGAAGAUGUGCACACAGCUUGUUCGUAUCUUGGCUUUUUAAGCUGACGGAGAACAAUCUAAAUGCAGCCAUGGAGUCAGAUUGUUGGUCUGUUUGGCCAACUAAUCUCAGUUUUGACUGGAAGUGGUUCUCCAGGGUCUCAGGCAGAGAGAAACCUUUUCUGUCCUCUUCCCGAGAUCUUUUCAUGUGAGAUAACUAGUGAUUAAAGCUAGAACCUUUCACUGUGACUCUGAUUGCUUUUAUUUUACAUUGUUUUGCUGGCAUCUGACCUCUCUGUUUUCCCUGUUUAUUUCAUCACAGGUCUUUAGUGGUGGUUCAUUUUUGGGCCCCAUGGGCUCCUCAGUGUGUUCAAAUGAACAGUGUCAUGGCUGAGCUAGCAAAGGAGCAUCUCCAGGUUGCAUUUGUGAAAGUAAGUUGAACUGACAUUGUGUUAUCUGCUUUUGAUCUAACAUGAACACUUGCUGUAUGCAUACUGGGAAAAGGUGGAAGCGUAACUACAGUGGUGCCCCGCAAGACGAAUGCCUCGCAAGACGGAAAACCCGCUAGACGAAAGGGUUUUCCGUUUUGGAGGUGCUUCGCAAAACGAAUUUCCUAUGUGCUUGCUUCGCAAGACGAAAAUGUCUUGCGAGUUCCUGCGGGGUUUUUUCCCUCCCCCCCCCCCCUUUUUCCUGAUGGCUAAGCCGCUUAUCAGCUGAUCCGCUAAGCCGCUAAUACUGUAGCGCUAAUCCGCUAAUGGGCUUGCUUCGCAAGACGAAAAAACCCGCAAGACGAAGAGACUCGCGGAACGGAUUCUUUUUGUCUUGCGAGGCACCACUGUACUCUAGCUGCUCCUACAUUGCUUAAAACCUUGGAACUGGGCAACUUGAGUCUAUUGUGGCUUUGCAAUUGCCUUGUUGUUCUCUUUCCUUGGUAGUACAGUGGUACCUCGGGUUACAGACGCUUCAGGUUACAGACUCUGCUAACCCAGAAAUAGUACCUCGGGUUAAGAACUUUGCUUCAGGAUGAGAACAGAAAUCAUGGUGCGGCAGUAGCAGGAGGCCCUAUUAGCUAAAGUGGUACCUCACGUUAAGAACAGUUUCAGGUUAAGAACGGACCUCCAGAACGAAUUAAGUUCUUAAACCGAGGUACCACUGUAAGUGUCAUAGACUCUCCUAUUCCCUUACUUUAAAACUACAAUAACUUAUUAAAGCUAAUUGGUGACAGCGUCAAGAGUAGGGGCAAUGCUUAGAAGCCUAGGAAAUGCCACAGUCUGUAAAAUUAUCUCAUGAAAGUCAGUGGGAGGUGAUAGAAAGAAAUGUCUUUUGCGAUGGGGAGGUGCAUGCAUAGAAUCAUAGACUUGUAGAGUUGGGAGGGACCCUGAGGAUUAACUAGUCCAACCCCCUGCAAUGCAGGAAUAUGCAGCUGCCCCACACAGGGGUCGAACCUGCACCUUUGGUGUUAUCAACACCAUACUCUGAGCUGCACACACACACACACACACACACACACACACACACACUCUUAUGCCCUGUGAUCAAAUCUCCUACUAGGUGUGGAAAGCAAAUCUGGACCUGGAGAGUGGGGCCUGUGCCUUGAUGCUGAUGGUGGUAUGGAUGAUUGGGAGAGGAGAAAUCUUCACAGUAUGUGAGGAGGGAGAGAACCUCUCCUUACUUCAAUGCUGUGGUUUUUGGUUGCCUUAGAAAACGCUGAGAUGACGCUUACUUUCUGGUGAAAGCAUGGACUCAGUGGUUGUUUGCAAGCAUCAGUAUAAAAACAGGAGGUAGUGUUCUGUAAUAAGGAAAGCUGAUAGAAAGAGGUCUGGUGAGACAUAAGUACUCUAUGGCUUAGAUCUGAGGGUGCGAGCAGGUCUAAGAAGCUUGGUAUUCAAAAUGUUGACAUAAAAUAGCCAUCUAAAUCUUUGAUUGCCAAGUAUCCAGCUAUAAUGCUAAUACUCUUUUUUUCUCAUUUAGUUACUUGAGCUAGCACUUUUAAUACAACUCCCAGUAGCUUUUCUUCCUGUAAUGCAAUUGACUAAAUCCUGAUCUUCUUAUCUGAGGGAUUUAAGAGAGUAAUACUACUCUUUAAAAAAGCGCCCCCCCUUGUGUGAUUUGAUGUAAUGGUGCUGCUGGUUGGGCAAAUAGAUAUUCUCUUAAUUUGUGUUUUAGCUACUGAUUUCAGCUAACAAAGAUACGUAUGUUUUUGGGUUUGCAUAAUUAUGUAUGGUGGCUGUCUUCCUGUAGUAGAUUGAAAUCUGGAUUUGUGUAAUAAUACUUGUAUGUCCCAAUAACAGCACUCUGGUAGGUAGGAAAAGAAAAAUGCACUAGUUACAAGUGCUGUUCAUCAACCCUUCAUCAGUAGUUUGGAUUAAAACACUGUGGUGUUGAAAAACAAACAUUAAACUUUUGUGUCAGUAUUCCUCAGCUCCAUGCUUUAGGAAUUCCUCAAACCAUGAUGAGGUGUCAAUUGCCAUGUGGCCUACCCUCUUAAUUAACCCCUCUGCUCAUGGAAAUAUCUUUGCAAGAUACCUUGUUAAGGGUUGUCCUGAGCCACUGUGUCACUGGCCUGCUUCCUCGUAGUUGACCGUUGACUGCAACUAAUGUGAGACACAAACUUGCCCCUGUGUAUGACCAGUUGAUUUGCUUGUCCACCAACUCCUCACAGUGCUUUGUGCCAUAUGAAAAUGUUACAGUGGUUGAACUGUUAGUGCCAUUCAAAGGGAGGACCCAGGGUUCAAAUCCCUAGUCAGCUAUGAACUUCACUGGGUGACCUUCGGCCAGUCAUUACCUCUCAGCCUAAUGUACCUCACAGGAUUGUUGUGGACUUUAAAUAAGGGGGAGAGCCAUGUAUACCACUCCAAUCUCAUUGGAGAAAAAGUUGGGAUACAAAUGCAAUAAAUUGAUAUUGGCCCAGUUUGCAUGUUACAUUGAAACCGUCGUUAAAAACAAACUGUGGGAAUGUUUGUGUUGCUGAGAAGUUCCUACUUCUCUGCAGGGAAACAAGCAAAGGUCCGGAUUGUUUUGCAAUCUGAACUCAAGACUCGUGGCUUAUUUCUUUCCAAGCAAAACCACAAGCGGUACCCAAGAUUUGCUCUUGGCCUGCUUCUUGUGAUUUGUCUCCUGGCGGUGUGGCAUCAGCAGGAACAGGAAAGUAGUGGAAUGAAACAUUUUCAGCAGCGUACACUAGCACAAGGUGUGUUUAUAUUAAACUACAGUUCGUUUUUAACUGUGGUGUAAUGUGUUGUGUGAACUGGGCCAUUAAGAUGCCCCACCAUGGCACUUAGAACAUAAAUAUCUGUGACUGCAGUGUUUCAGCCAAACAGCUUUGGUCUUGAUGUAUGGUAUGGAACAGAACUCUGCAUUAUUGUACUAGUAGUUCUUGUAGUUGAGUAAUGUGUCAUUAAGUCACUAUUAGUAACAGUUAGCUACAGUAAGUAAAGUCCCAUCAUUGUGCAAGUCUAUAAUUGUAUUGCCUGAAGUCAAAUUAAUUAUAAAAUUAAUAUGUUUGCGUGGUAGCGAUUAACUGAAAAUAGAUGGGGCUUUCAGUGAGUUACAAUGAGGAAAGAUGAAACAUGAAAGUACAACAUCAGUUAUGCUAAACAGAAAAGAAAAGAGAAAAGAAAGCUUAUUGUCCGUGUUUGCUAGAGAUGUAGCUGAUUUGCCUUCUGUAGCUCUGCCACCUCAGAAUGGCUAGCUACAUCUGUGGCAUGUAAUCUUUUAUUGUAGUAAGAGGUUUUUUUUAAAAAUGCAUUAAAAUACUAUAGAAACCACACCACAAGUAGUCCUAAACAAAGUGAGGGCAAAAAAACAUAAAUAAAAGUCUGCCUUCUUGCUGCUGCUGUUAAAUUUACUGCCUGCCCUCCACCAGCAGGUUGAGUUACAACAAUUUAAAAUUCAGUAUUGAAAAGUAUCAAAACAAAUUUCAAUCACAGGAAUAGUAAAGGUAAAGGACCCCUGACAGUUAAGUCCAGUCGUGAACAACUCUGGGGUUGUGGUGCUCAUCUUGCUUUACUGGCCGAGGGAGCCGACAUUUGUCCGCAGACAGUUUUUCCGGGUCAUGUGGCCAGCAUGACUAAGCCGCUUCUGGCGAAACCAGAGCAGUGCACGGAAACGCUGUUUACCUUCCCGCUGAAGCGGUACCUAUUUAUCUACUUGCACUUUGAUGUGCUUUUGAACUGCUAGGGGGCAGGAGCAGGGACCGAGCAAUGGGCACUCACCCCGUCACGGGGAUUCGAACUGCCGACCUUCCGAUUGGCAAGUCCUAGGCUCAGUGGUUUAGAUGACAGCGCCACCCACAUCCUGAAAAUGCACACCAAGUUUCAAAGCCAGGGUGAAGAGGUGCAUCUUCAGCAUUUGCUGAAAACUGUAUAAUGCUAAUGAACUUCUGGAGCAAAGGAAUUCCACCACUUAAAGGCUGCCACCACAGAGAACCGUACCUAAGAUGUUGGUGUUGAGGACUUUUCAAACAUUGAUCCCACAUAUAUACUGAGAUGAUUCAGUUAUGUUGGGAUGGAGUUUGUCAUGAGCACCUGGACACUUGGGUCACCUCUAGGCGCCACUGAAAUAAGCAGAGAUGCUUACUGUAAGAGUCAAAUGGCUAGGCACAGGAAAACCUGCACAAUAAUGUUCCAUUUCCCUAAUAGUAGGAAAUAUUAAAGCUUUAUGACCUAACAACAGAAGGGUGGGAAAUUGAUCCUGCUCCAUGUCCUGAUCAUACGAACAUAAAAAAUUAAACUUAGCUGGAAUUGCUAUCUUUCCACAGUCAAGGUUGUUUUCUUUGUUUUAUUUGCACCUUAAGUAAUACGCUUUACAGUGGUACCUCGGGUUACAUACGCUUCAGGUUACAUACGCUUCAGGUUACAGACCCCGCUAACCCAGAAAUAUUACCUCAGGUUAAGAACUUUGCUUCAGGAUGAGAACAGAAAUCGUGCUCCGGCGGCACUGCAGCAGCAGGAGGCCCCAUUAGCUAAAGUGGUGCUUCAGGUUAAGAACAGUUUCAGGUUAAGUACAGACCUCUGGAAUGAAUUAAGUACUUAACCUGAGGUACCACUGUAUUGAAAAUUUGCAUCGACAUGUACUGAUUUUUUGUAGUUUCAGGAUAAAGUGCAAGAUGUCAAUGUGACUUUGGUCUCCUAAUUGAUCUCACUUCACCCCUAAUGUCUCAUUACCCUUAAUCUUCACAACAGAUAGUCACUGGGUGUGCUUUAAAGUUCAGGUAGCUCAUUCUGUCUUGCUGUUUCCACUUACAAAUCUCCAUGUAUGCGUGACAUGAAAUUCACUCGGUUUAAGACAGCUCUCACGUGUAAAUGUUGACAGGCCUCCCAAAUGCUGUGAAUCUCCAACAAUGAAGAACAUGAGAAGAGCCAGUCAGACAUCUAGACCAGCUUCCUGUUCUCACAGUGGUCAGCUAGAUGCCUAUGGGGAGCCUAGGAGCCAAGAGCUGACCGCAGUAGCACUCUCGCCUCCUGCAUUUUCCAGCAAUGUGUAUGCAGAACCAUACGUCUUCCAAAAGAGAACCUCAGUUCUAAGGGCAUAGAAACAUAGGAAGUUGCCUUACACUGAGUCAGACCCUUGAUCUAGCUAACUCAGUAUUAUCCACAUUUUCUGGCAAUGGCUCUACAGGAUUUUAGGCUGGGUUCUCUCCUUGUCCUACCUGGAGAUGCUGAGGAUUGAACCCUGGGGCUUGCUGCAUGGAAAUCAGAUGAGCAUGGCCCUUCCCCAGCUUAGAAACCCCAAAGAAUACUGUGUUUAAAAUAUAUCUGUUUUAGGAUAUCCACAAAACUCAUUGGAGAUAUCGGCAUUCACAUGCUAACGUCAACAUUCACCAAUAUUUCAGGCAUUCACACAUGUGUAUCACAUGCCAGAAUUAAUGUGCUCUUAAGCAAACUACCCUGUUUGCCUCCCGUUUCCCAACAGUCAUAUAGUCCUUUAUAGUUGGAUCAUAUGUGUCUCCUGUGUUUGUAAAUGGAAAUGUAUUUGAUAUUUGCAUUUUCUACAAUUUUGUAUUUGAUGAUCUAUUUAGGUUUCAGGUCAGUAGUAUACUAAUAUCUAGCAGUCUUGCAGGAGUUAAAAACAAAAAUUUAGCAGGCAUCAAUAGUUUAUUGAAGAAAUACUCCUUUUUUGCUUCAUAAUUUGCAGAAGGCUGCAAAUGUCAGUCAUGAUGUACUGCCUCUUGAAAUUAGUCAAUAGAGCAAACAGCAAGAAUUGCUGUGGGCAGAAAAUAAGCACUGUAAUCAUGACAUAACUGGGGUCAGUGAUUUAUGGAUUUCAAUAUAGUAGUAGCUGCAUAUGAUUGAAAAUUUACUAGGUCACUAGUGCACCAAAAUUUUUAUUCACAGCCUCCAGGCAUCUUUUGAAAUGUGCAACAAAAUAAAAACCUCUGAACCUGUUUUGACACUGCAGGCUCAGUAGAUGACAAGCCUUCCCUGUGAGUUUCAUUUAAAUGCAAAUGUGUCACAAACUUUUGCACUGAAAUCCUUUUUAAACAUUUAACAUGACUAAAAGAACAGUGUAGACAAGAUCAGCCAGCACAAUCUAAACUAUAAAUAAGAGCUUGGAAACAAAAGAUGUUUUAUGUUUGUUUGUUUUUAAGCUGGAAGCUGAAGCGGUUCCCGAAGUGUCUGAAAAAUAUGAAAUUACUUCAGUCCCAACAUUCUUGUUUUUUAAGGUAAGCCUUUUUUUAGUUCGCUUACGUCCAUGGAUGCUUAUGAUGUUCUCUGUUCUCAGUGCUGGUGUGAUACUUUGUUCAGAGGUAACAUUUGAUUAAUUUAGGAAUGCUGGGAAUUGCAUUCGUCUUAGCCAUGUGGUGAAGGCCCAUUUCAAAAAAUUUGAAGCUACCCUACGCUGUAACUUGCAGAAACAUUUUUUUGAGAAAUACAUUCUGCAUCACCAGGCAGUUCCUGAAUUUGAAACCUUUUAACACUGUUGGAUAGUGAUGUGGAGAUGACUAUUGAUUGGUUCCUAAGCUCGUUGUGGUGAUUCGUCCAAAAUCCUUUUGGCAGGUAAUAAUAUUGUUGUUAAAGCGAGUUCUAACAAAAUUCGAUUCACCAAGCGCAGAGCUUGGGUUAGUUAACCUACUACAUGUUCUGGACAUGUGUGUGCUCCCUUCAGUUGUGUUAGCCCUAUAGAAAUGAGAUUGUACACCAGUAGCACUCAGUGGAUUUCUCUGGGGGCUUUUAACCUGCUUUGACUUGAAUCCUACAAAAUAACCCUUGUAUAUGGUCUAGCGAGAGAGAGAGAGUAUGUGUGUUCAAAUUCCAGUAGCUUUUUAAAGACUGUGCUUGUGAAGUUCAUAAUGUUUGCCCAAACUGCUGUUCUCUGUUGGUAGAAUUCCCAAAAGAUUGACCGAUUAGACGGUGCUCAUGCACCAGAACUGACCAAGAAAGUCCAGCGCCACGCCUCCAGCUCAACCAUUCCGCCUGGCUCUAAUGACAAUGUGAAAGAAGACCUGAAUGUGCGACUCCAGAAACUGACAAAUGCUGCACCUUGCAUGCUGUUUAUGAAGGGAACACCUCAGGAGCCUCGUUGUGGUAGGAAUUGUCUUAAAUUUAUAUUUUAUUCAGCAGGGCUUGAUACCUAAGGAGUACCUAACGAUAUUAUAUCUUACUCUUUCUAUCUGAGUGGCUUCUAUUCUUGUCACCAUUGUUGGUCCAUCCUUUGCGACAAAUGGAACUGUUGUCCUAGGCUCCAGAGGGGAUAAGUCGAUUGGCAUAGUGCUGUUCCCCUUCAAGGCUGCCUUGUACCCUGUUAGCUGCAGCCAUGCUAUAGCCUUUGUAUUGGCCCACCAUCUUGUUAGAUUCCGAAAGGUAGAAUAUGGCUGCUAGAUCAACAGUUGGUUAGGCCAGAGGUUUAGGGCCUUAGAGUGGAGUUGGAAUGGAGAUGGAUGGAGAAUAACGGUGAUGCAAAUAUAGGUUUCCACUGUGUCCAGGGCACCUAGCAACUCAAGUCCAGCCAUGUCCACGCAGCUGUAUUGCCUGAAUGAGUUGAGGCUUAAAGCCACAGUCAUCAAGCCAGAGCACUGUUCUCCAACUUAUUUUGUGCUUGGGUCCAGUUCUAACUUUUUCUGUUUUCUGCCUCCUCCCCUUCAGCAAUCUGUUUGUCAGUGUGCAGAGGUCCUCGCAUGCAGCAUGUUGCUCUGUAAGAAUAGCUGUGUGCUGAUUGAACAAUGAAAUUAAAAGGGGAGUAAAACAGGACAUGUCUUAAAACCGUGCAGAGGGAGAUGUUUUAAGCAAGCAGCAGAUUUUCAGGGUCAAGUGACAGAGUAUUUGCCCUCAGAAACUCAAGGUGGAUCACUGAGGUCCAUUGCACGAGCAUCAGUCUGAGCAAGACAUAGCAUAAGCAUUUGUUUAGGGAUGGCAGUUAGCAGCCUAUAAGAAAACAUUUCAGAAUCGCUUCUUGUUAACAUCCAUUGGUGGAAAUUAAUUGACAUUCCAUCACUGAACCUGUCAGGUUAGUGAUUUUGUUAAAGGACACAUUGACAUUUAGGUGGUAUAACACAAGAAUAAAAUUUUUGAUUCCUUGAGCCAAUUUGGUACCCUUACUGAAUCUUCAUUUUCUUUUUCUUCUGGAAAUGGCUCUAAUUAUGGAAUGUACUGUCUUUUCAUUACCAAUAAUGUUCAUAUACCACUUUAAAAAAGAAGAAUGAACUAAACUGAAAUAAUGGAGAUCAAGGUAUGACAAAUGGAUUCCUAGGCCCUGUUAACUCAUUAUACAUUUUUUGGUUCUCUCCCCACAAGCUUAUAAGCAAACAGAGUCCCAGCAAUGCAAGGGCAUCAUCUUGCUGAAGUUGCCAUUGAAUUCUCAGAAUGCAAACAAUGCCCUAGUUAGGUUCCCCUUCUUCGCUCUGAGACAUAAAAAUUCACCCUACUGUAUGGGGUUGCAGAUUGAGCAGUGGCUUCAGGUUUGAAGCUUGCAUCUUAAUAUGGCUCUAUGGAGAGCUUUAAUAUUUCUCAUGUACAGAUGCCUUCAUGUGACGUGGUGCAUACGUAAGCACCACAGUACGAUAUUGUGCUUAUGCGGUUUGGUACCGGCUGCACAUGCAUAUUCCUUCUACAAGAGGGAAAAGCUGAGCUAUUUGCGAUGCCUUGACAAAGGCGUGUUAACGCAGUGCAGCCUGCAAGUCCACCAGUCCAGGGGGGUGGGAGGAGAGUGUGUCUCUAGCAAGGUAGCUAUAAUUCACUAUCUCAGUGGUCUUUUGAGGGCAAUUGCUGGUUGCAGGUGGGCAGCAAGUUCCAAAAGCUGGUGUGAUUUGCAUGUAAUCUGGGAGGAUCAGAAUUAGUGCAAAGUACUAAGGCUGAAGAUAACAUUGCUGCUCUCCUUUGCUGUUCUAUAAUAAAUUGAAUAUGAAUAGUUCCCCCCCACCCUUGGGCUUAGAGAGACAUUUGUCGUGACUGGGCUAUAUGUCCAUUCACACCUCACUAGCCAAUGCCGUUCAUAAUAUGUGCCGCAUCUCACACAACUAACACAAUAAUGAGCUGGUCCUUAUUUCCUCAAGUGGGCCGCAAGGACAGCUGUGUUGACAACCGGAGGGGGUUAGCUGUAGGGAUGGUAGGAAGGGGCUAGCCUGUGGUGGCCCCCAUGUUGCUGGGGCCCUGUCAGCCGUAGCCAGCACUGUCCGAGGCUCUGGGUGUUGUAGUCCGAUAAUGUACAGAGUGCCACAGCUGAAUGGCCCCAGGCUUAGGGUAAGAAAGCAGCCCCUUGGCCUUUUACUGGAGUUCAGCCCCCUCGGCUUGCAAUGCAGCUUCAAGCCCAGGAGCGGGUCAGCUGGGAGCUUCUGCACAAUGCAUCUUGUGCAGAAGAGGUUCCUGAUGGAUGGUGUCCAGGCUAAUUUUCAUACUAAUAGCAGGUUGUCGAUUGCAACAGAGCGUAAUUGGAUCUUGGUGUGGAAUCAGAAAUCCUUGUUAUGUCCCGCAUUUCGCCACUUCCUACGGAAAGCCAAUUCAUAAUAAUGUUAAAUGAGGUCUAUCCCCUUGGCUCUGUGCUCACGGGCUUGUUGCUUGCUUACAUCAUUAGUAUUAUAAUUGUACUUAGCUUCCUAUCACCGGCAGCGCAGCGUCCGCACCACUCUUCAAGCGGCCUGUGUGUUCACGUACGCACACUUCAGCGGCGCUUUCAUUAGCUCUUGCGUUGCUCAGAUGGUGUUUGCUCAGAAAGCCAGCCUAAACCUUUUGUUAUGGGAAUAAAGCAGUGUUGGCACUUUAUCCCUAAGCAUAACAUUUCCAGUCUGCUACUUUAACCCUUAAAAAUGAACCGCCACCAAUCAAUCUUUCUCGUCUGCAUGGAGUUGCCUACAGCUAAAAUGAAGCGCUCUCUUUCUCUCUCCUUCUCUCAGCCUCUUACAGUAUAAACGAGUUAAUAUAUUGGCAGCAGAAUAACCAUCAGCAAUCAGCCUGUAGCUGUUUACUAAUGAACUCCCAGAUGAAUGGCGGGUUGGUGGUAGUGGGGGGAAGUGGAAUUUGGGAUUCUUGUUUCACUCCAGGCUGUACAAGAACUUAAUGCUUCAGUUGUGGAAGAAAAGCAACUUGGAUGCCAUAUAAAUAAAUGCUACUUGCUCAUGGCUCAAAAUGCAGAUCAUGGAGGACCUGGAGCUACAGCACAGAUCAAAAGUAAUGGAUGAACUUGUGAGAUGGAAAAUCAUGUAAAGGUUCCUUUUGUCUGUAUGUGCCUGAAACUUUUUAAAAUUUGUUGCUUUAAAUCCCAUUUAUUAGAACCUUUUGAAAAUGGGUGUGAGGUGUUUCAGGUCUCACCAGGUAGAGCUACUUUAAUUUAUAUACUGGAUAUUUCGUUGUCUGAGGAAGAUAAUUUUUCUUUAGGAAAGGAUUUUAAAACAGCAGAAAAAUAUGCCAAACUUGAUAUUGGUUGUGGUUUCAAAACUGAUAUUUAUGCAGGUUUAUUACACUGAAAUUUAUGCAAGUUGCUAAUUAAGGAGUUAGGUUAACGUUGUUGUUUUUUCUGAAAUUUGUGUGGUUGAAAUAUUUUUAUGUGGAGAAAAAUUGUGCAGACUUACAGAUUUGGGACAUGCAGUGCUUCAAACAGUUUGAAUAUCAGAAUUUCGUAUUAUAGUUAAAAAAGGUAGAUUUUGUUCAGAAAUUGAACUGUAUGAUUUAUUUGGAAAUUAAUUCUGUUUACACUGAUAGUACUAAUGCCAACUCACUAUAAGUUGAAUCUGCAUUCUUGAAAGUGUUUUUUUUUUAAGGGGAUUGAAGCAAUAUUCAUUAUGUUGUAAAUAUAUCUACCUAAAUAUUAAAAUAAGAGCCUUGGUUGGAUCAAAGCAUUACAUUUAUCUGCAUGUGCAUUUGGGUUUGAUUUUGCCUAAACUGGACAUCACACUUCAAAACAGAGCAAGCAGCAGGACAAGCUCUGUAAACUCAGCUCUGUAGUUUUUGCUAGGGUAUGCAAUUUGGAUAAACAUUGUUGUCCUUUGAGAUUUAACUUUUUUGUGGGGGCAGUUUUCUUGCAACACAUGUUAAUAUAAGCUGUAAUGUCGACAUUAAACCACAGUUUUGGUUAAAGUUAAAGCCUUGUUAAGGUCUGUGCUUUUCUUUUUCUUUUCCCCGUAACCUCCAGGCUUCAGCAGACAAAUAGUAGAGAUUCUUAACAAACAUAACAUUGCGUAUAGCAGCUUCGAUAUAUUUUCUGAUGAAGAAGUACGUCAGGGCCUGAAAACCUACUCCAGCUGGCCUACUUACCCACAGUUAUAUGUAGCUGGGGAACUUAUAGGCGGGCUGGACAUUGUUAAGGUAAGAAAACAAAAUAUCUGCAUUUUCAGUAACGUAAUUUUAAAAUAGUGUUUGGUUUAUGAAUUUGAAAUAAUUUUCUUUUCAGGAGCUUGAGGCUUCUGGAGAGCUGGAGACAACCUGUCCAAAGGCACAUAAAAUAGAAGACAGGUAUGAUACAUUUUACCUUUUAAAAAAAAAAUAUUGCGAAGGAAAAUCACAUAUUCCAUUAAUGAUCUCUCCGUUAAAAUUAUUGCUGUGUAGGAUUACUGUGUGUAGUACACAGAAUUCUGUGCCUUAUGGUUUUCAUUCACCUUCAUUUUCCUUGCCCAUCUGCUGCACAACAGCCCUGUAGAGCUGCCAGCCAGAUCUUGCUACCUGAUAUUUGCUGCCACCUCACCUUUUUUUGGGUCACCUUCAGCCCCAAAAGUAAAGGGGUAAAACUGGGGAUAUUUUAUUUUUUGUUAAAUUGUCUCAUCCUGUACCAGCAUGCCUCUCACCUCCAGCCAAUCCCUUGCAAUUUACACAGAGUGCAAUCCAGCCCUCUGCUUCUCCCCAAGAAUAGGGCAAAUUCCUGACUUUGUCCAAACUGGUCUUAGACUUUCAAUAAUUUGCAACCCAAAGUGAUCUAGAUGUGUGGGGAUUCCUGAAUCCCAACGGUGGCAAUUGCACACUGAUUCCACUAGUCUAGUUGUGAAACUUGGAUAGAAAUAAAACGUUGGGAGGAAAGCAGGCAACAGGUCAAGCAGAAUACACAAUAACCUUGUUGGGGACUCGGAAACUACAACUAAUCCAGCCUAUGUCUGCUAGACUGGUGACUGGGAGUGGCCUCCGGGACUGUUUAACAUUGGUUCCCACUACAUUGGCUCCCAGUACGUUUCUAAGCACAAUUCAAAGUGUUGGUGCUGACCUUUAAAGCCCAAACGGCCUCGGCCCUGUGUACCUGAAGGAGCAUCUCCACCCCCAUCGUUCUGCCCAGACACUUAGGUCCAGCUCUGAAGGCCUUCUGGUGGCUCCCUCACUGUGAAACGUGAAGUUACAGGGAACCAGGCAGAGGGCCUUCUCGGUAGUGGCACCCGCCCUGUGGAACAACCCUUCCAUCAGAUGUCAAGGAUAUAAGUAACUAUACAACCUUUAGAAGACAUCUGAAGGCAGCCCUGGGAAGGGAAGUUUUUAAUGUUUGAUGUUUUAUUGUGGCGCAACACAGUCAGAGGGGGAGCCAAUAAUGAUAAUGAUAGUGAUAAUCAUAACAAUGACUGUUACAAUUAUUACGAUUAUUAUUAACCGGAGCACUGUGGCUCUUAAACCAGACAAUUUUUUAGGCUAAAUUCCUCUUUCGCCUUUUUUUACCCAGGUAAAAAAUCCUUUAAGACUGUUCUACUUUAUCUGUAUUUCCCCCUGCCUCUUGUUUUAGGCUUAAAGACCUGAUAAACAAAGCUUCUGUGAUGCUCUUUAUGAAAGGAAAUAAGCAGGUAAGGCUCUUGGAAAUGCUUUUAGCACUUAAAAUCCUUUAGACCAGCUGUCCGCAGCCUAGUAGCAUCCAGAUGUUUUGGAGUAUAGCUCCUAUAAACCCCAGCCAGUGUAGCCAGUAGUUGGGGAUGAUGGGAGCUGUCAUUUUAAAACAUCUGGAGUGCACCUGGCUGUGAAAGAUCAUAAACGUAAGAACACAAGUUGAGCCCUGCUGGAUUGGAAGACGUUUCAUCUAGUCCAGCAUUCUGUUCUCAAGGCGGCCAACCAGACGCCUGUUCAGAACCAUACUCCCUCUGAUAAUGGAGGUAAUGUAGUGAUCAUAUGUGGGUGCCGUGGGUUUUUCAUCUCUACACAGCAAGCCGACAGCUGCUGCAAGUAGGGAAUGAAGAAAAUACUUAAUUUCAUGCCUUCAGCACGGCUUUCUAGAGCAAUUUCUAGAGCACGAAAACAUAGAAGGUUUUAAAAAAGGAUAUGUUUUAACAGCAUGUUAAAAUAAUACAUUAAAGGCUUAGGAGCCAUAAAGAUACCUUUGCCUGGGGCUGAAAUGAUAACAGUGUUGGCACCAGGUUCCACCAAUGGGGUGCCACAACAGAACAAUCUCUUUUUCCUCUUCUCCUGACACCUUAGCUCAGAGGGUAGAAUGGGACAGUUCACUUCUAACUUCCCUGCGUGGUCAUAUAUAGAUGUGUACAUGGGUAUACAACCACAGUCCGUGUGAACCAUGAGGGACACUGGCAACUGCGUCGUCAUUGUGACAGCUGCAAAAAGCGCAGCCCUAAUUAUGCAAUAUGAGGAAUGGGUUGCUAUGGGAAAUUUUUGCUCGAGCAGAUGUUGAUGGCAAAUAUAAUUCAUUCCCUGAGAAUUCCUAAGGAGCUGGUAAAGUAGCCACAUGUUUCAGUUUCUGAUGAUGAAGUGCAGGGGUGUGGAACCCCUUAUUUAUAUCCCACCUUUUUCUUCAAGGCUUUCAAGGUGGUGUACAUGAUUAUCCAUUUAAUCCCCACAACAACCCGGUGAAGCAGGGUAGGCUGAGAGGCGGUGACUGGCCCAAAGUCAUGGCCAAGUGGGGAUGUGAACCCUGGUCUCCCAGGGACCUCAGUUUCCAUUACCUCCAUCCAGCAUGGCCAGCAAUCAGCACAGUACAACAUCUUGAGAGCCACAAGGUUCCUCAUCCUUGGUGUAGCGAAGGUGGAAAAAAAUAAAAAUGUGUAUAAAUGUGCUUCAAACACUUACUUGGGAUUGCCACAUGCCACAUGCAUGCACUGGAACAUAAUGCACGUCAGAGUUGUUUUUUUUCUUAUUGCAGAUGGCGAAGUGUGGAUUCAGCAAGCAAAUUCUAGAAAUUCUAAACGGUACCGGGUAUGUAAAUAUUUUUCUGCCUUGAAUCUGUUCUUAAAGUAAGAGCACAGAUAUAUAGGAACAGCGCUGCUAGAUCGGACGAAAGGGCCGUCUCUUCCAGCAUUCUCUUCUCUCAGUGGUCAACCAGAAACCUAUGAAAAGUCCACAAGCAGCACCUCAGCACAUCAGCAGUCUCCAUUCGCAACAAUCAGUAUUCAGUGGCACAGUGUUUCUGAUACUGGAGGUACUACCCCAGCCACCAAGACACAUCCAUAACCCCUUUUUAAACCAUCCAAGCUGGUGGCUAUUACUACAAUAUUGUAAUAGCAAAUGUCGUAGCACUGUGUGAGGAAAUGCUUCCUUUUGCCUGAGAGGUGCUACCUUGGCUGCUUUGCAGUGUGCCUCUAAAGAAGCUGAUCUUAGGAACAUGUUGCAUGUUAGUGUUAGGUGAUCAGGGUCUCCCUUUGGUUCACCUCUAGCCUUCCCCUCAGCUCCCCCCCCAAAACACCUGUGCAAAUGGUGGAACUGACCUAUGUCAUAGAACCAUAAAAUAAUAGAAUUGUAGGGUUGGAAGGGACCACGAGGGUCAUCUAAUGCAGGAAUCUUUCCCCCAACAUGGGGCUCAAAACCACGACCUUGAGAUUAAGAGUCUCGUGCUCUACCAACUGAGCUAUUCCUUGCUCAGUUAACUUCCAUUUGCAUAAAUGGAUUGGCCUGUAUAGAUUAUCUGCUAGUCUUCAGUAAAUAUUUCUCUCUUUUAUUAGGAUAUUUCACCAAAUAUAUAGUAUAUUUUUCCUCUUCCCACCCUGUCCCCUUUCCCUUGCGUGUCGUUUUUCUUUAAAAUUGUGAGUGUUGUGGGCAGGGACUGUCUUGUUUUAAUUGAUUGUAAUGUAAGCCACUCUGAGAGCUUUUUUUGGCCGAAGAGUGGGCUACAAAUUCUCUAAAUAAACAAAUAUAUCACUACAGUAUUGCAACGUUUUGCAUUUUACUCUUGAAAUACAGUCGCUGGGAUCACUUUUACACUGAUAAAUAAGCGAUAGAAAUUAGCGUAGCUGAGUGAAUAUUCCUAGCCUGUAUAAUAAAACCCUUUUUUAUAUUAUUCUUUUUUCUUUUUUUUAGUGUUGAUUAUGAAACGUUUGAUAUAUUGGAGGAUGAAGAGGUACGUUGUUUGCUUGCGCUUUUCCUGUCAUCAUCUUUAAAAACUGCACCAUGGAAGGCUGACCAAGCAUUUAUUCUCUUUAGGUGCGGCAAGGAUUAAAAAAGUAUUCAAACUGGCCAACCUACCCCCAGUUGUAUGUGAAAGGGGAACUCGUCGGAGGCCUGGAUAUUGUGAAGGUAAGCAAAGACCUAAUAGUUGGCAGGUGCGUGUAAUCUUCAUUCUUAAAAAAAGGUCUUCCUAAAUUUUGUUCUUAUUUAUAUUGGACAUGUUUUUAUUGUUAGUCGCUCUUCGAACUGGUGGUGUUUCCUUCUUACAUCCCUAAACAGCAAACACCAUCACUUUGAAGAGUCAUUAGCCAAUAAAAACAUGUCUUGGUCCAGGAUACCCAAAGAACCAUCAAUUUCCAUAUCAGCUUACCUGCUCCUUUCUCUUGUGUCGUAGCUGUGGCUGAGCCUUGGUCAGUUGGGUUGAGAUCACAGCCAUAACUAGUUGCACCCAGAACAUAAGGAGAGGCCUGAUGGAUCAAGCCAACGGCCCAUCUAUCCCAUCAUCCUGUUCUGACUGUGGCUAACCAGAUGCCAGUGAGAAGCCCUCAUCAGAACCUCACUGCAGCAGCACUUGCCCCACCUGAGAUUCCCAUCAACUAAUAUUCAGAUGCAUGCUGUCUCUGACAAUGGAUGUAAAGAGACAGUCCACUGUGGCUAGCAGCCAUUCAUUAUCUUGCUCUGUGAGAUCGGUUGAACCCCACCGUCCCCCUAUUUUUAUUGCCGGCAGGUCAAAAAAGCAUUUUUAUUCUGGCAAACAUUUAACCUGCCUUGGUUGGUGCCUUUUUUACAUCCUUUAGAAACAAUCCUAGUUGUUCAGAGGUUUUAACACAGCAGCCAUAAAUGCUAUGUGAUUUUUUAUUAUUGUUGUAAGGUGCCCUACACAAUGCAAACCCAUCGGAAGGGCAGCGUUUAAAUUUCCAAAGUAAAUCUCUCUAUUGUUAUGCAUUCCUCCCUGCCCAGCUACCUCUAGACUGAUCUAUCUCUGCGUUUUCUCUGCAUUUUGAGUUUUCUUAUUCCUUGUUUGAGCAUCUCUCCCCUUUGUUCAGCCGUGGUGAGAUGACACACAUCCACACACACCCCUUUUUCUGAUCCUUUUUUUUGUUUUGAGACUGAGUGACUUAGUUGGUUUUUCCUGUGACUCUCAUCAUUAGCUUAACAUAUUGGUGAAAGGAGCCCUAAAUCUCCAGUGUGCAACUAGGUUGCCUGCUAGUGUAGCACUGAAAUGUAUUUUCUUGACAGCAGUCACUUACCUUCCUGUAAGAACCAUUUCGCCCCUGUGGGUGCAUUUACAGCUUUUCAUUUGGUUCUCAGUUUAGUUUUUUGACGUUGUGUUUUCUUGAGUAAGGUGAUGACAUUUUGCCUAGCAAACUGUCUCUCAUUCCUGAGAAAAGGUAAGGCUUUAUUGUGUGCUUUCUUGAAAAGGCCCUAAGCAACAGAAAUAGAUCUGCAUUUGUUAACGGCAUCUUCUGAUAUAUAUUUGUGUGUGUGUGCAACAGAACAAGCGCAGGCUUCUAAGCCCAAAUACUCUUGAGCCUAUUCUUGUCUUGAGUGUUUUAUAGCCAAUACCAUAGGCACUGUAACUCCCGGGAAGACAGAAUCAAUAAAUCUCAUUAGGUUUUAAAAAUAAGUUGGUAUUACGUUGCUCAUGUAUCCAUUUUUUUAAAAAAAAAACCCCACACAUUUAUUUCUCGGAGUAGUGCAUUAAAGGGUUCUUUUUAUAUAGUUUUUAAAGAGGUGGGGAAAUUAGUCAUGUUAAUCUGCCUUUUUAGAGGGCACUGAAUAAAUUGAAGUUGACAAAAUGUUGUUUAAAGUUAAGUUUAGUUAUUUUAGAUGUUUUUCUAGGUCAGCAUCAUUCUCUCAUUCCCCCCCCCCAAAAAAAACCUGUUAAUAAAAAGUACAUAAAGAAAUCUAUUUUAUUAUGCCCAGUUAAAGAACAUAUUUUUAAUCUGUUAACCUGCCCAAGCUUUUUCUGUUGAUCUUACUAAGAUUAUAUUUUUUAUUUUUUAUUUCUGGUAUUUGCCUGCCGAAUAAUAGAUCUAAGUCCCCCCAAAAACUUCUUAGUAAGAAGAAUACCAAAAAAAAUCAUAAAAACAUUUGAAACAUAAAAGUUCUGGUAGACAAAGGCCUAAAACCAAAUUCUCAGUAUAAUUUAAGAUACACUAUAUGGGCAGUGGAAUAAAAGUUGAGAUUUUAAGAUGACAGCUUCUAAAAGACUGGGAGAAUAAAUUGCUCAUUUUAAACAUUUUAUUGGUGUUAUAUGUUAAUAAUCAUCAUCUAUUGGACUUGUUAGUCCGUUGUUACCCAGAGGCCUCCAAGUAACAACAUAUUUGAAAACAUUAAUAAAUAAAUAAAUUUAUGGUAUAAUAUAUUUAUACUAAAUUUAUAUACCAUAAACACAGAACGGGACGCGGGUGGCGCUGUGGGUAAAACCUCAGCGCCUAGGACUUGCCGAUCGUCAGGUCGGCGGUUCGAAUCCCCGCGGCGGGGUGCGCUCCCGUUGCUCGGUCCCAGCGCCUGCCAACCUAGCAGUUCGAAAGCACCCCCGGGUGCACGUAGAUAAAUAGGGACCGCUUACUAGCGGGAAGGUAAACGGCGUUCCGUGUGCUGCGCUGGCUCGCCAGGUGCAGCUUGUCACGCUGGCCACGUGACCCGGAAGUGUCUCCGGACAGCGCUGGCCCCUGGCCUCUUGAGUGAGAUGGGCGCACAACCCUAGAGUCUGUCAAGACUGGCCCGUACGGGCAGGGGUACCUUUACCUUUACCUAAACACAGAACAACCACCAUGACAAACCAACCAUAAUGAUGGUUUUAUAUAUAUUUAUUUUUAAUUAGCUGGUGUGUUUUAGUCAUAUUUUACAUAUAAGUGGACUUGCACACCACAUGGAGAAUUUUCUUUGAGCAACUGGUCUAAAAAAUCCUAAAGCAAAAUAAAGAAAAAGCCAUUUACCUGGAACCAAAAAGACCAUAAAGAAGGCAGCAGGUGAGCUUUUCUUGGGAGGCUAUUUCUCGGGGGGGGGGGGGCUCUGCUUCACUUCACUUGGUGGUGCAUUCUGAGAAGGGGCUCCUAAAGAGGAGAAGGUGAUCUCUCAGGUAACCUGGUCCAAAGGAAUGGCGACACUUUGCUUUUUCAAAGCAUAGCUAAGACCAAAACUGUUUGCUUCACUCUUCCCUCCCCAAUUCCCAGCAGUAGAAAUACCUAAAACAAUGAUGGCAUCCUGCUUGUUCUGUUUUGCUAAAUGCCACGAGGAAGAGGCAUUGGGCCAAUACUUUUGGUGGCAGCCAUUCCUUGGCACUGUGCAACCUUGGAUUAACAUGGUGUGCUUUCCAUGUUGAGAAAGAUAACAAAUCUCUCCCUGCUUAUCACGCUUGCCCAGAUUCUAGAGAGCACGUUAAGAGAGAGGAUGUAUACUGAGCAAAGCCUCAUUCUAGAGCUAGCUAAAGCUUACAGAGAUGCCCUUCUGCCAUGCGCUUGCCCUGUGGUCCGUCUAUCAGACAGCUGACACCUGCCUCAUCUGCUACGCCUGCCCCAUUCUAAGGAGUCUGCAGGGGUGACUGCUCACUGCUGCAGCUGGGGCAACUGUAAUUAUCUUCUGCAGUCUCUUCUCUGGUCUCCUGGCUUCUACCAGAGAGAUGGUUACCAGUUGUGGGACUGGUAGGUCCAUAGAUGACCAACUUCUAAAGCAACAGAAGUUUUUGGGUAUCUCACUGUCCUCUUGUUAGAUAUGCAGUAAUGUAGCUGCAUGCAAAACAACAAAAUCACUUGAUUAGGGGUAAUGGGAGUUGGAGUCUUGAGGGCAUCAGGUUGAGGAAAGCUGAAUUACAGGCUAACUAGAGUUCUUUUGGUGACACCAGCCUCUGAAUGCUUCCUCCCCUUUUUUCUGUUUCCAGGAACUAAAAGAAACUGGUGAAUUGACUUCUACCCUGAAAGGAGAAAAUUAAUGCAUCACAAGGACACGUUAAUGAAGACCAAUGAAAUAUAAAAUGUAUGAUUGUUCGUUGCACUGGAACAAUUCACGAUUUGCCGGAAGGAAUAGAAUGCCGGUUUCUGAUUUCCUGCUCAUGCUUCGCAAGGCCAUACUACAGGUGUAUGUAAUUGUAGGUUUUCACCCUAAAUGUAAAGUCGUAAGCAUCUUCAAAUUGAAUUAAAGUUGGAAGCCAACAAUG